UACCCAGACUUCCUGUAAAACUGAAAGUAGAAACUUGUAAACAAAGUAUGUACGGCCGUGUUCCACCUGUCUGUUCUGAUUUAGAUGAAAAAACAACAAAAAACAGUGAGUCAAAGGCUGAGGACUCAAAUGACACGAUAGAAAAUUCAUCUAAUGCAGCAACGAAGCCAAAGAAUGUCAGAUCAGAUCUAUGGAAAAAAUUUAAAAUGCUGGAGAAAAAGACAGAUGAAGUAACAAAGAGGUCAACAGAAAAGAGAAUUAAACAUCUACAGAAAACUUUGAUGCAGAAAAUUCAAGAGGAGAUUACAGAUGAAGAGGACAAAGAUAUUUUACGUCAACAUGACGUAAAAUUUGGACCAGCAGUUGCAGAAGACUCAAAUUUCUCAAGGAAGAGAAAACACCCUGAAAGUCAAAAAAAACAAAGUGAUGAGCCAGGGAGUAGUGAGUGGAAGAACAUCAAAGGAUUUCUAAAUGUGAACGAUCAUCUGACGGGCACAGACCCGGGGAAAUACGGACCAAAGUGUUCGCUAGAACAAAAGAUCGAUGACUCUAUUAACAAAGGGGAGUUUGAAAAAGCGGAGAAACUCAGUGAUUACAUGUCAACUAGACAGUUUGGAAAAAAGAUUGCAGAUGCUAUUGACGCCAAAAAAUUUAAUCAGCAGUUACAGGAGAAGAAGGAGUCGAGUAGAGAAAAGAAGAAAAAGAAAUUACCCUGGGGGUUUGAGCAUAAACAAAGAUGGGAAACAAAAUCUGCGAUGUAGCCUAGUUGUGUUUCUGUGUACACUGUAUCUGUUUGAUUAAAAUAUGUUAAAUCUUA